ACACACAACAUUCAUUAGUUAUUUUUCUUUCUCUUCCUCUUUAAAAAUCAAAAAUCCAAAUUUAGCAAACUUUUAGUGUUCCCAUUAUAAUAGAUUCCCCAAAAAAGGACUUCCAAAACCCCAUUUUUGAGACGGGAGUUGGAAAGGUUCAACCUUUCUCUUCUCUUCUUCUUUCUCUUCUCCUUUCUCUUCUCUGUGUGUGUAUGUAUGUAUAUGCGAUAUUCUAAAUAUUUGGGGGAAAUUAAAAGACAAGUGAGAGAUGGGUCGUGGUAAAAUCGAGAUUAAGAGGAUCGAGAAUGCCAACAGCAGGCAAGUUACUUUCUCCAAGAGGCGUGCUGGUUUGCUUAAGAAAGCUCAUGAGCUCUCUGUUCUUUGUGAUGCUGAGGUUGCUGUCAUCGUCUUCUCCAAGUCUGGCAAGCUCUUUGAGUUCUCCAGUUCUGGGAUGAAGAAAACACUUUCUAGAUACGGCAACUACCAGAGUUCUUCAGAUUCUAAAGUAGAGAACCUCCAGGAGGAUUGUACCGAGAUGGACCUUUUAAAGGAUGAAAUUUCAAAGCUUCAGGAGAAACAUUUACAGCUUCAGGGUAAGGGAUUGAAUACUCUGAGCUUCAAAGAGCUUCAAAACCUUGAGCAGCAACUUUAUCAUGCGUUGAUAUCUGUGAGAGAGCGAAAGGAACAGUUGUUGACUGUCCAGCUUGAAGAAUCACGCCUCAAGGAACAGCGAGCAGAGUUGGAAAACGAGACCUUACGCAGACAGGUUCAAGAACUCAGAAACUUUCUCCCGGCGUUCACCCACUAUGUUCCAUCCUACAUCAAAUGCUUCGCUAUAGAUCCCAAGAACGCUAUCCUAAACCAUGGCUGCUUGGAAGACAGUAACUGCAGCCUCCAGAAAACCGAUUCAGACACAACUUUGCAAUUAGGGUUGCCUGGAGAGGCACAUGAUAGAAGGAAGAAUGAAGGAGACAGAGAGAGCCCGUCAAGCGAAUCAGUGACAACAAACACUACCAGAGCUACUGCAGACAGGAUCAGUCUAGUUUAGCAAAAAUUCUACCUGAAAACAAAUGAUUCUCUCUGUUUAGUUAUAGAGAGACAUUAGAGUGAGGUAGAAAAUGUUUCCUCUUUAGCAAAUAUCACAUUAUUUUGAAGUAAUUUGAGAGAGAUACUUGCAAAAACAAGAGAAGUUUAACUUGUCUCAUCUGCAUUGUCUUCUAACCUAAACUCUCUGUACUUCAAUCUGUUGAUGAUUUUUUGUCUGUCU